GCUUGCGUAUUCCAAAUUGUGUACAAAACACAUACAAAGUAUAGAAUGAAAUGAACUUUAAUAUUUACACUCCGUGUCGGCUCUGUGAGCAGCUGUUUAGAUACGUUCAUUCAUUCAGUGUGUGAGCAGUAUAGCGACGAGCGAGGCGAACUAACCGUGCGUAAAUUUGAACACUACGAGUGCUACUAAGUGGAUAACAAACAUUGAGUAAUCAAUUAAACGUAGUCGUAGUAUCUACAAGUAUUAUUUUGCUUUGAAGGAAUCCGCUAGAAGGCCUGAUUGCACACGUGAGAUAUCUACAAAUGGGUGGUGAUUUGAAGGAAUUUUUGCGACAGGCAGCAAUGCAAGUAGGGGCAGGUGGCUCUGCUGGUUUUGUUGAAGUUUGCAUUAUGCACCCUUUGGAUUUGGUGAAAACACGCCUUCAGCUACAAUCUGCUCCCGGCGUAGGAGGAACGAAAUCUCAGCACUAUUACAAUGGAGUAUUUGAUUGCAUUCGAAAAAUGGCCAAAACGGAAGGCGCAUUUUCGCUGUACAAGGGAAUUCUUCCGCCGGUUCUGGUCGAAACUCCGAAGCGAGCGGUAAAAUUUCUAACAUUCGAACAGUAUAAACGAUUUUUCAUGUUUGGAGCCGACAAACCAACCCCGCUGACAUUCUCACUCGCUGGAUUGGGUGCUGGUGUGACGGAAGCAAUUUUGGUAAAUCCUUUCGAAAUGGUGAAGGUCACUUUGCAGGCAAACAAAAACAAAUUCGGGCAUGUUCCCAGCACAUGGGCCGUAACACGACAGAUCAUCAACGAUUCAGGCUUUGGUUUGAAUGGUCUAAACCGUGGUUUGACAGCUACCAUUGGUCGCAAUGGUGUCUUCAACAUGAUCUACUUUGGUUUCUAUCACAGUGUAAAAGGGAUUAUUCCCGAGUAUAAGGAUCCAGUGAAAGAGUUUCUCCGUAAAGUAGCUAUCGGGUUUGUCUCCGGCACGUUAGGGUCAAUCAUAAACAUUCCCUUCGAUGUUGCUAAGUCGAGAAUCCAGGGUCCCCAACCGGUGCCUGGACAAAUAAAGUACAAAUCGACCUUCGGUUCGAUAGCCAUCGUCGCUCGUGAGGAAGGCGUUGCUGCCCUUUACAAAGGAUUAACUCCAAAAGUAAUGCGUCUGGGCCCUGGUGGUGCAAUCAUGCUGGUGGUAUAUGAUUAUGUAUAUGCAUAUUUAGACAAUUACUUCAAGCAUUGAUCGAUGGGUUCACAAACCGUAACCGAACUGACUGGACUGAUUGAAAUCUACCUCGUCGCAAGCAUCAGUGCGUCAUAUUUACUGUCAACUGAAUAUGUUGACAGCAAGAAAAUAUCACAUAUUCUUCAUACUAGGUCAAGUAAUUACUGUGGAGCAUUUAACGAAGCGCAUUUAUUUUAUAGAAUCGUAAGGUCCAAAUGUUUCUAUAAUGCAAAAUGCACAGCAUUUUCAAUAUAUUCAGUGACACAUAGCGCUUUUUUUUAUAACACAAUUUUCUCACGAUGUUUCCAUUAAUAUAUUGCACUGCAUUUCAAACAUAAACGUUUCCAUUCUGGAUAACUGUUUAAAUAAUAAGUUAUGAACCAUCAUUGCAAAUUAGUGUGAACUUCAACAUUGUUAUUGUUCUGGAAAAAAAUUAUUAGCAAUAGAAUAAAAUUAUAGUGAAACAAAAU